AUGAGUAGAAAGAGGUCUUACGUCGACCAAACCUAUGAUAUAUUCUGCGUUAACUUUCAUGGCACUGGUCUCGAUUCAAUAAAGGAUGAAUUUAAACGUCAAGUGCAAACAGGCCUACGUCGGACUCUUUUCAUUAUUGAUUUAGAUGAUUUACGUAAAGAAAUAAAAUCCCGAACCAAAUCUUCGAAAGGGCCUCGGCCAACUUUAAACAGCCCCGAUCUACCUGUCGUACAAGGAAUACAACAAAUUGUUGCGGGAUUUCGUCGUCAGCAUGAUGAGAUAACACGAAAAAUAAGCGACGAAUUAAAAUUCGAUAUUUAUGAGUAUUGGUUACGCGAUUUAGAUGAAAAACGCAAACAAUUGGCGACUUCUGGUGGUACAAGGCGUACAAAGAAAAGUGUAAGCACGCCUACAACAAGUAAAACAAAACUUGGAAAAUCAUUUAGAAAAGACAGAAAAGGAUCGUUAUAUGAUGAACCGAUUAAUUGCACACCGUUGAUUGUGCGCGAUCACAAUCGUGUUGGCCAAGCAACGAUGGCUUCCCGAAUGGAGUAUAUUAUCGAUGAUCCCACCAUAAAUAAAUUAUAUGUCGUUAUAAUUGGCGAAAUGAAUGACGAAUUCUGCACCUACUUGGUUAGGAAUGAUCUUCCUCUACAGGCAAUUGUACACUUCUUACCAUCCGAGAGCAACUAUGACAUAUUAUUGGGUAACAACAAACGGAGCAAAUUCAUAAUUGAGACCUUGGAAAAGAUAUCCGCACAAAUUUAUGAACAGAGGAAGGAAGCCUUGCUGAAGAACAUCGGUAUCCUAACUCAUUACUUACCAGUUAUAUCUACUUGUAUGGCCAUCAAGUAUGCGCGCGAUAUAUUCGAUCAAUUGUCUUGGGGUGUCUACGAUAUUGAAGUUUUAUACCAGCAAUAUCAGACCUACUAUGUUAGUCCAUUUCAGGAGACGGAUGUCUCAAUACCACGGAACGUAUCCUGCGAAGAUUUAUAUUUGACAGCAGAAUCUUUAAUUGUUCAAGGUCCUUAUCAAAAAAUAGCACCGCCUGCCAGUGACAGCGACAUAGCCACGAUUAUGUACUAUUUGGAUAGCCUUCUUGGGGCAUGUGCUGAAGCCCUAAAUGUAUUGACAGAGCCUGAGAUAAUGUUUUUAGCUUUGGCGCAUAAAAAGAAAUAUCCAGAGGAAUACGUUUCUAGGACGAGUUUAAUCGUCAAUUUGAAAUGUGCCUUUGUUAGUGUGACGAAAAUAAAACGAUUUGAUCGCGUCUUUAUAGAUCAGAACAAUAAUUUAUUGUGCAGCCUGCUUUCGUAUGCAAGUCAAAAUAAGGGCUUCAAUCUCUAUUUAGGUUGUUUAGAUUAUUCCCUAUACAGAUCGUUUGCAAUUUCCGGCUACAUGCUUAAUAACAUAUGUAGUACGCCGUAUAGCUUGGAAGCAAUACCAUUGCUUCUGCCAAAAUAUGUAAUGCUGCACACCAGCGAAGAUUCUUGCUCUCAGCGCUUAAUCGAAUUACUUACCGAAUACGAUGACUACCAGGUGAAUGAUAUACGUAACGGUAGUCGCUUAUAUAUAUUUCGUCGCACUUAUAACACGGUCUUUGAAAAUGAGGGUCUACACGUGAUACCCACAUGUCUCUGCUUUCGUGACUUUACAAUAUUUCAAAUGGAAGAAUUUCUCCGCGAUCUGGUAGAUCCGAUGUUAAAAUUUGAUCCAUCGAGAAGUGUAGCUUCUGUGGACUUUGCAAAUGAAAUGCCAAUGAACUUAACAAAUAUGAAUGAUAAUAUAUUUAUUAGACCUAAGUCUUUGCAAUUUAAAGUACUGCAGGAAGAGAAAAGAGAACGAGAACGAGAACGAGAACGGGAACGGGAACGCGAAGAAGAUACGGGUACGGAACGCGAAUCCCGAACUAGUCGUGGAAGUCACAAAAGCUCAGUUAGCGAUAAGCGAGCAUAUUCAAUGCGUGACGGUAGUGCCAAUUAUUUUGUAGGCUUACCACCAAACCACCAUUUAUUAAGGGGUUACAAUUUGGAAGAUAUACGUCAGGAAAUUCGAGUAAAAACUUCCAAAUACUAUUUCAGAGACGGCUCGGUACAGCUAUACGAGGAUGGAUGGUGUUUCGCGGAACUCAACAAACAAUUGAUACUGGAAGUAAAUAGGUCUAAAGUGUACUUCAAUAGACCGCGAUACCUAAAUGAAGGCAUUUCGAAUAGUAUUCGUUUGAUUACGGAACAUAACAUUUGCAUGCGAGUGCUCAACGAAUCGAAUGAAUAUGCGAAGAUAAUAAUGCAAUAUCCGAAUGGUCUUUCUAUUUACUAUCAGAAUAGUUAUGUCGACCAAACGUGGAUACAAGAAUCCACAUACAAUAACGAACUUAAACGUUUGACGACGCCAUACGGUUGUGUCAUAAUCUUUUUUAAGUCGCAAGAUGUGAUUAUGAUUUUGCGUUAUAAUGGCGAAGUCUAUCGUCUAUAUCAGUAUGUCUUCAGUUUAGAAGAGGAAGAGGAACUAAUAAGUCAAUUAACGAUGAUUCCGUCACACGAAAGUUCGGGAAGAAGAUCAAUAACAGACCCUAAGGCUACGCAAAUUAUUAGACAGGAUGACGUACUAAAGCAAAGAAGGAGUAGUGAGAGUAAGCUCAGGUCAAAAGGGAAAGGGAAAUGUACCGCUGAACGCAAAUUAAGAGAGAAAAUAAAACCGCCGAGAACAAGAGAACUUAAGGUAUUGCUGGAAAAUGAAAUCAAUUUUGUAAAUCGCAUAGCUGCACUAUACGAGCUAACAUAUUUGCACCUAAUUAUAACUACCGCGAAAGGCAGAGUUGUCAAUUUGGCUCAUAAUGGAUCGAUCUAUGAGACCAAUAGUUUAAAACUGAAAGAGUGGCACGACUAUUUCGUAAAUGAGAGUUAUUGCGAACGUAAUGAUGGUGUGAAAAUGAUUUGGACUCGUGAAGUUUUAAAAUGUUAUCAUGCGGACGGCACUGUGAUUACGACUACAACCGAAGAGAGUACUGUAACUGAAGAAGAUGAUGAAUUUGAUCAAUUAAUAUCGCAAAGCUCGUCGCACGAGGGCUUAGAAGAAGAACACAAAUCAAGUACGCACGAGAGUUCGUCGUCUGGCGCUAUUAUCGCGAAAUAUCCACAAUCUUUAAAAAAGAAGCAACCAAACCGACGAAAAAGCAAUGCUAAAACAAUGCGCGCGUCCGAGGGCAUUGAAGAAUUUGAAAUAAUUGAACGUACAUUUGUUUGUUUCACAUGCUGCAGCUGGUUAAUACAGCAUGCUGUUUACGCAGGCGUAUAUGUGUUCUGGCCACUCAGCUAUCCCAUUAGUUCAAUAGAAAUACUUGGAGUGGAUGCUAUACGCUUCUGUAUCGUCAAACAUUUCGAAGAGCGAACGAGCUAUGAAGAAGAAGGUCAAAUGAGUAUAUUUACCGAAGAAUCGAAGGGUAGUUAUAGUAGACCCUCAGCCGAGCACGAUGAAGAAGAAGAAGGAUUUAUCGGCAAGGAAAACAUUGUUCAUUUAUGGAUAGGUGAUGAUUUGCAUUUAACUAUUAGUAAUACAACAUGCGAAAUCUACGCUGUACUGGAUCGAGAAGUCAGUGAUUGGCAAAUCUUAAGAGACACACUCUUGUUAAGGAUUGAUUUUAACGAUAAUAUAACGGAUGUAUUUAAGUAUUUUAUUAACGCAAUUUCGCAAUUUGUUGGCGCCCACGAUCAAAACACGAAAGAUCUUUAUUUCUUAGAACGAACUUUGGCGGACUGUACUACCAAAGGUUUUGAAUUUAUGGACUGUGUACCCUGCGCGGCGGAAUACUUUUCAAGUGCCUCAAACACCACAAUGCAGUUCGAUCAGUUCAAGUCGUUAGAUGAAAUGUGUAGCAACGAAUACGAUUGGUUUAAAGCAGAUAUGAAGAAGUUUCCAAGAUUUACUACAUGUCGUACCGAAAGUAAAGAAAAAAACUUACCUUGGAUAUUAGGGACCAAGGUAUUUUGCAAGAUACCUGCGUCGCUUAGAAAUACUGACGAGAUUAAUAAAUUUAUCGAACCUUUUGAGUUUAUAGAUUUUAAACAGCUGAGAAGGAAAAUGAAAAGAUUUCUUGAUGAAAAGCUACGCGAUGAGAUUCGUUAUAAGACAAAAGUUCUUUGGAGUUCAAAGAAUUGGAAACGACGCUAUUUAGAGCAUCAACGCCGUCUUUUUAACGAACAACAACGAAUCGGAUUGUAUCAUGCGAUGAUUAAACACAAAAUCUAUCCUAAAUAUUUUAAAUUCAAAGACAAUUACAAUUAUGAUGUGCGUUACAUAGACUUUUUUGAGUUUGCCAUUGCACGAUGCGAAGGACGCGACGUUAAAUCGGAAGAAAUCAACUUUAAUGAACAAAAGGCAAAGAAACCUACCAAGCCUUUACGAAAGUAUUCGAAAGGUCGAUCCUCAUCAAAAUCACCACGUUCAAGCAAGUGUAAAUAUGGCGUUUAUACCUGA